UGACGUGGGAGGUCGAAGGUCAACACCAAGCGUCAACAACACCGCUGAGAUUUCGUGCUGGACAGAGGGGCAUGAAGGGGACCUAACUCUGUGUACCUUUGCAGAGUUGAUAUCUGACAUAUCGAGGAUGGCAGGAGUGUUCGACAUCGACUUGGAGACUGAGGACGUCAGCGAUACUGACGAUGAUGUCUGUGACUUCACAGUGACAGAACCAGAGAAUGGUCAGACGGAGGAGGUGGAGUUGACCAGUGAAAUAGUCAACAGAGACAGUGAGAGAGUUGGACCGGACUGCUUCGAACUUCUCACUGUGCUGGGGAAAGGAGCCUAUGGCAAGGUUUUCCAGGUGAGGAAGGUUCAAGGUGGUCAGAUGGGGAAAAUAUUUGCCAUGAAGGUCCUGAAAAAGGCUAAGAUCGUGUGCAACGCUAAAGACACGGCGCACACACGAGCAGAGCGGGAGAUCCUGGAGACGGUGAGACACCCGUUCAUCGUGGAUCUGCUCUACGCCUUCCAGACUGGGGGGAAGCUCUACCUCAUACUGGAGUGUCUGAGUGGAGGGGAAUUGUUCAUGCAGCUGGAGAAGGAAGGCAUCUUCAUGGAGGACACUGCUUGUUUUUAUCUAGGAGAGAUCACAUUGGCCCUAGGUCACCUCCAUUCUAACGGGAUUAUUUACAGAGACCUCAAACCUGAAAACAUCAUGCUCAGUCACCAAGGACACAUCAAGUUAACUGACUUUGGCCUCUGUAAGGAAUCGAUUCAUGAUGGAUCGGUCACACACACCUUCUGUGGCACCAUAGAGUACAUGGCUCCAGAGAUCCUGACCAGGUCAGGUCACAACAGAGCAGUAGACUGGUGGAGCCUGGGGGCCCUGAUGUACGAUAUGAUGACCGGAUCACCUCCGUUCACAGCUGAAAACAGAAAGAAGACCAUUGACAAGAUCUUGAAGUGUAAACUCAAUCUGCCCCCAUACUUGACCAUCGAUGCAAGGGACCUCAUCAAGAAGCUGUUGAAGAAGAAUCCAGCCCAAAGACUUGGCUCCAGUAAAGCAGACUGUGCUGAUAUCCAGAAACAUCACUUCUUCAAGCACAUCGACUGGGAAGAUCUGCUGAACAAGAGAGUGGAGCCGCCAUACAAGCCACAGCUGCAGUCGGACGAGGACGUGAGCCAGUUCGACACCAGAUUCACCAGACAGACACCGGUGGACAGUCCGGACGACACCUCACUCAGCCACAGUGCGGAGCUCGCCUUCGCUGGUUUCACCUACGUGGCUCCAUCGGUCCUAGAGAGUCUAAAAGAAGGCUUCUCAUUUGAACCUCGAACACGACAUGUACGCCGACACAACAGCAGCCCACGCACGCCCAUCAGUCCUCUGAAAUUUUCCUCAGUCGGACCCUUCAAGUCCAGCAUGGACGGAGAGCAAGACCUCUUCUCUCCCACCUCUCCACCAGUAGCUCCAGUUUCUGUGCCAGUGGAAAACGGAGCUGCCAGUCAGCCCAUCAGGACGCCUGCGAGGAACAAGAAGCAGAAGGGACGUCGCCGAUGAGCAGGAGGAGCCAGCCUGGGCUCCAAGACCUUGUUCAGAAAUAAUCUUUAUGGUAUACAGUAAGACGGAGAGCUGUGUCUCCACACUUUUACUAGUGUGUAAAAGGGUUUUUUUUGAAGGGGUUUAACUCGUGAAAGUUUCUUAAUGCCAAAGUGGAAAGCUCUCACAGCUUCUCUCACAUUCAUCUCUGAAAACAAGUACAGCAGCACUUAAGGCUUACUGUUCAGGACUUCCUGUCUCUACACUGACUCAGUGGAUCCACAUACAAUUUUCAGGCUUUUAUUUUGCCAAGACCGUCACUUUAUUGCAUGAUGCUUUAAUUUACAGCUUCCAUAUGUCUGCUCUUAUAGGUCACACUGGCACUAAUAAAUGGGAAACAAUAACUUAUGUAACAGUAAUUUCUCCAAAUGGCACUAGAAAGCGGGCAGCCGUGGGUUUAUCUUCACUAAAUCUAUCAUGAGGAGUCAAGAUCACAUAAAUGAUCGAUUGAUUGGAACAGUUUUUCAUUUUGUGUGUAUAUGCUGGACCAAAGGGAAGCUGUGUUAUAAGAUUUGGGGUUUAAUUAGUUCAUCGGCUUUUAAUUACUUCAUUUGAGUUUGUGCAUAGAGGUCAGCUAUCACAGGCUUAACGUUUAAAUGAGAGAACCGAUGAAGGAUCACUUGGUCGAGGUCCUGAUUCUUUUCCAUGAAGGUUGAACUGUGAAAGUGACCUUCAGCUAUCAAGUAACUUGACUACGCAAACUUAAAGUAGUAAGAUUUGUUUAUGUUUUGGUGUUGGGACUGUAUCAUAUAGAAAUCUACCUUUUUGUAAUGCUACGUCGCACGCGGAAGAUAAAAUAUUCAUGAAUGUGAGAUUUGAUCUUCAGUGAUCACUGAAAUAUGGUGACAGUGUUUGUCAUUUCUCUGAGGUUUUCUUAUCAGAGAGUCUUCAUGUGUACUACCAAAGCCUUUCUCACACAUCCCAUUCUCGCAUUGUACAAACUGACCCAUCACACUAUAAUAGAUUGCACUAGCAAAGAGGGAUUUACUUUAUUAAUUUGGGUGAAUAAGAAGGUUGUAAUCCAUCAUCCUGCACCGAAAUAGCCCCCGCAUGGUAAUCCAAAUAUUACCUGUUUUCGCAUAAACGCAUACAUCCGUAUCAUUAGUACAAUGCACAGUCAAAGCAGGCUGUUAAAACCGGUGCUCUCAGAAAACAAAGUAUAACCUUGUAUAAAUAAAAAGUAUUUUGUCUUACCGAACAAAGCUAUUUUUACACAUGAAACCUAGUCAAACAGUAGUUUUAAUUAAAUAUUAAAAUCCUAGAUUUUGAAGUGUUUGAUUGUCAUUACCUGGCGUAAAUGUAAGGGGGUGAUGCUGGGUUAAGCCACUGCAGGCGUGCUCAGUCAAACACUAAUUCAGCUCUCGGAAGGAUCACAGAAACGCCGUGAGCUUCAUUUAAUGCCAAAAUUCUUUCAGCUAUAAUUUUAAAUUUAUUUAUUUUUUUCUCCCUUAGAAUAAAUGAGUCGUAGGUCGAGGUAAAUUGAACCAAAUCCUGGCUCAUGUCACUCUAUCUUUGAUCAUUACAGUGCAAUGUUCAUAGAGUACAGUGUUCAUAGUCUUAAGGCACAAAAACACCAGCAGCAGGGACAAAAUGAUCUUCAUCAGGGAUUGAAAGUGCAAAUAUUAGAAAUGAAUUUAGGGUAACAUAAUGUCAUAUUAAAAACUUGGUUAAACAAUCUAUGAAUUAUAAAGCUUUCAAUCAUUGCCUCCGGUCCAGUGAUGUGUAUAUACACAACUACAGGUAACGGAGAUGGGCAAGUAUUGUUUGGAGUAAAGGUGAGGAACAGUCCUGUGUUCCACAAAGUGACGUAAAGAACAUGGCUGAAGACGUUAACAUGUGCUUAUAUUUGGUGGCUAAAUCCUUCAUCCAUUAGCUUCACUGCCUGAGCAUGUUGCCUGUCUGUCAUGGCCUUUACUGGGGAAUAAAGAAUGUAUUUUACCGGGUGUAAACUAUCCUUUGUAUUGUAUAGAGACUCAAGAGUAUUCAGUUUUAGAUAAGUAGAUAAUACAUAAUGUGUAAAAAAUCAUCUGAAUAUAUGCAGACAAAAUAUGUAAUAGGAGAAACUGAAAUAAAACAGUGAGCUUCUGGCAACAUUGGCUUUAUGGUUCAGGGGUUAGCGAUGUUGGUUCAGACUGAAAUAUCUUAACUUUUGAAUGGUGCCCAGGGGACGAACGCUAAUGAUUUUCACGACCCUCUGACUGCUCCAGAAGCGCCACCAGCAGAGCAGUGAAACAUCUUGACAUGUACUUUAUUGAUUGUAACAAACUUUUGUACGGAUGUCGAUUGUUUUCAGAGGCUGAAUCAUACUGACUUUGGUGAUUCCAUGACUUUUCCUCUGUGUGUACCAAAUUUCAUAACAAUCUAUCCAACAGCUGUGCAGAGUGAAAUAUCUGCGCAGCAUGUUAGCGUGCUUACUUGAGCGGUCAGCUCAGAGUACUGCUGUGCUAGACUUUGAAACUAAAUAAAAAAAUUACCACUAAAAACUAUAUGAAAUUUCACAAGCUGGAUGUUAACGCAUUUAUAAAGUUUAUUUCACAGUUUUAUGGUAAUGUGUCUGUAUGUAUUCACAUGAUUUUGUUCAUCAUUUCUUAUUUAUUUGUUCAAUACAUUGAUCCACAAAAUCAAGCAGCCUUUAUUUUUUUUCUUUUCUUCAAGAAAGAUUUGUAAACGGGUUUGACACGGCUUCCUACCUUCCAUUAACACUUGAUACAGAGCCUGUGUCAUGACCGUGUGAGAUUUAAUACUUUAAGUAUAUAUGAACUGUGGCAUAUCAUGAAUUGAACACAAGGUGUUUGUAACGCAAGAUUGAAGGACAGUUCAUGUUUUUUUUUUUUUGCCUCAACUCUAAGUUGCCACGCUCUUGUCAUGAUAUCUGCAAUUUGACAGCUUGAACUAGUCAGUGUUCAAUUUUGUAUAUUUAUUUAUAUAAUUAAUAAUACUUAUAGAGUGAUAUGUACAGUGCUGUGUCUCCUACACCUCUGGAAUUAAUGGGAAUUUUACAUUGAUAUUCUAAAAAUUGAAUAAAAAAAAACCAACAGUG